GUAAAAAAAAAAACAGAAAAAAAAAAGUGUGCAAAUACGGUGAGUUAAAAGGCCAUUUGCAGAUUCAGCUUUUAAAUAGACAAAUAGGGAGUUUAACAUUGUAGAACCAGAUAGGAGCCAAAAAUUUUGAAACUUGCUACUGUUAGAUGUUCCUCUUCGAGAACCAGCCAGGUUCAGGUUAAUUUUUAGCCCCCUAAUUAGCUACUUCUCUCUCUCUGUGUAGAUACUACCAUACAAGAUGAAGCAAUUCAUCAAACAGAUAGAGUGCAGACUACACCAUCACCCUCUCUCAUCAUCUUCAUUCUCUUUUCUUCGCUUACCCUCCAUUAGUUUCUCCUCCACCUCCUCAUUCGAUAAUCAAUCAUCGACCCCUCUUCAACCACACUCAAUUACUCGCAAUCACACUCCUUUCAGGACAAACAUUGAUCGUCUUCAUGGUUCCUUCUUCUGCACACUCAUUCAACUCUUCCUCUCCUGCCGUCGAUUCUCCGAUGCCUCUGACGCAUUCGCCGCCAUGCGGUGGACCUAUGGCCUCAUUCCCGACCUACCCUCUUGGAAUCGCCUCCUACAUGGGUUCAAUACCUCCGGGCUGGUCUCCCAGGUAUGGUCUGUUUACUCCGACAUGCUCUCUUGUGGGGUUUUUCCUAAUGUUGCCACUCGUAACAUAGUAAUUCACUCUUUUUGCAAAGUUGGAAGGCUCAAUUCGGCAUUAGAUAUGCUCAGGAAUGCAACCAUUGAUAGAAUUGACAAUGAGACUGUUACUUAUAAUACUGUUAUAUGGGGGUUUUGCAGAGAAGGUCUUGCCCAACAGGCUCUUGGGUUGGUGUCUGAAAUGGUUAAGGUGGGUGUUCCUUUUGAUUCUUUUACUUGCAAUAUCUUGGUAAAGGGUUUUUGCCAAAUUGGGUUGUUAGGAUAUGCUGAGUGGGUUUGGGAUAGUUUGGUCAAGGAUGGGAAUGUUCCAAGGGAUGUUGUGGGUUUCAACACCUUGAUUCAUGGGUAUUGUGAGGCCAGUGAGUUGAGUGGUGCUCUCAAGUUGGUGGAAGGUAUGGGAAAAGAGGGUUUAUUCCCUGACAUUGUUACUUAUAAUACUUUGAUUGAUGGGUUCUGCAAGAUGGGGGAUUUUGCUCAGGCCAAGAAUCUCAUGGAUGAGCUUUUGGUGUCUCGUAGAGACGUGGAUUGUGGGAUUACAAAAAUUGAUGAAAUUCAUACCGAAAACAGUAGUCAAUCCAUAGGAGGAUCAGACUUGAAUCCAAAUCGCAUCACAUAUACAACACUUUUUAAUGGUUACUGUAAGUGGCAGGGACUUGAGGGAGCAUUCCCCGUUUAUAAUGAAAUGCUUGUCAAUGGGAUUUUGCCUGAUGUAGUUAGCUAUAGUUCUAUAAUAAAUGGACUUUGCAAGCGUGGAAGGUUUGCAGAAGCCAAACUACUUUUUGAGGAGAUGGGACGGAUGGGUGUCGAUCCUAAUCACGUCUCCUACUCUGUUCUCAUUGAUUCGUUUUUUAAAACAGGGGAUGCAAUGGGGGCCUUAACCCUUCAGAGUCAAAUGGUAGUUCGUGGAAUUGCCUUUGAUUUGGUUGUGUGUACCACUUUGAUGGAUGGGCUCUUUAAGGUUGGAAAGCACAUCGAGGCUCAGGAUAUGUUUAGGACUCUAAAAAAGUUUAAUUUAGUUCCAAACUCCAUCACCUAUUCUGCAUGGAUUGAUGGACACUGCAAAUUGGGAGACAUGAAGGGUGUUGAAUCUAUAGUACAAGAAAUGGAAGAGAAAAAUGUUCUUCCAAAUGUCAUUACAUAUUCCUCUGUCAUUAAUGGGUAUAUUAAAAAGGGAAUGCUUGAUGCAGCUGUUGAUGUCAUGAUGAAGAUGGUGUGCCAGAGUGUCAUGCCAAAUGUUAUUACUUACUGUACUCUAAUCAAUGGCUAUUUCAAGGCCGGUAAACAAGAAGUUGCUCUUGAAUUCUAUGAGGACAUGAAAUCAAGAGGGGUGGAGGAAAACAAUUUCAUACUUGAUGUGUUCAUCAAUAAUAUGAAAAGAAGAGGAAGGAUGGAUGAGGCUGAUGCAUUAUUUAGAGAUAUGAUGUCUAGGGGACUGUCACCUGACUGUGUUAACUACACUUCUCUAAUGGACGGAUUCUUCAAAGUGGGUAAGGAAUCAGCUGCUCUUAACAUGGCCCAAGAAAUGACACAGAAAAAUCUAGAGUUUGAUAUUGUUGCAUACAAUGUCUUCAUUAAUGGUUUGUUGAGACUUGGCAAUCAUGAAGCAGAAUCUGUUUAUACUGGAAUGAGGCAGUUUGGUUUGGCUCCAGAUCUUGCUACCUACAACACGAUGAUUGGAGCGUACUGCAGAGAAGGGGAUUUGGGAAAUGCUUUCAAACUCUGGAACGAGAUGAAGACUUAUGGGGUAAUGCCUAAUUCAAUCACUUGCAACAUUAUGGUAGGAGGGCUUUGUGGAGCAGGUGAAGUUAAUAAAGCUUUGGAUUUGUUAAAUGAGAUGGUGGUUUUGGGAUUUCGCCCUACCUCAACUACUCAUAGAAUUUUCCUAGAUGCAGCUUCUGAGAGUAAAAGGGCCGAGAUAAUUUUGCAAAUGCAUGAGCAGCUUGUUGAUAUGGGACUUGAGCUCAAUCGGAUAGUUUUUAAUACUCUCAUAAGUAUCUUUUGCAGGAUGGGGAUGACUAGAAAAGCAACAUCUGUAUUAAAAGACAUGUCAGCAAAAGGAAUUUCAGCAGACACUAUCACUUAUAAUGCUCUUAUGCGUGGAUAUUGCAAAAGCAGCCAUUUGAAGAGGGCUUUUGCUACAUAUUCUCAAAUGUUGGUUGAAGGGGUAUCUCCUACAAUUGCAACUUACAAUAUUCUUCUAGAGGGCCUCGCAGCUGCUGGUUUGAUGCGUGAGGCGGCUGAAUUAAUUGACGAAAUGAAGCAAAGAGGCUUUGACCCCAGUGCUAAUACUUAUGAUAUUUUGGUUUCUGGCCAUGGGAAGAUAGGAAAUAAGAAGGAAUCUAUAAAGCUUUACUGUGAAAUGAUAACCAACGGCUUUGUUCCCAAAAAUAGUACUUAUAAUGUGCUUAUCAGUGAUUUUGCCAAAGUGGGAAAGAUGAGACAGGCUCGAGAGCUUAUGAAUGAAAUGCAAGUCAGAGGGGUGCCACCUAAUUCUUCGACUUAUGACAUACUAAUUAGUGGCUGGUGCAAGCUAUCAAAACAGGCAGAGCUGGAAAGGAUGUUAAAAGUAUCAUACCAGUCUGAGGCAAAAAAGUUAAUCAAAGAGAUGAAUGAGAAAGAUUUUAUUCCAUGCGAAACCACCAUUCGUUAUAUCAGUUCAACCCUUGCAAAACCAGGAAAGAAGGUUGAGGCUCAGAGUUUGUUGGAUAGGUUUUACAACAGAAAGAGCACUGGGUAGAUGCGCUAGGAGAAAGAAGAAAUGCAGAAAGUUCUGUUUACGCUGGCAUCCACACCAUGGCUAUAAAAUGUUAUUCCUCAAGGAUGGCACCAUGGCUAUUCAAUGUUCUUCCUCAGCUACCAAAAUGCUUCAUAUUGGCAUCUGGCUCGUAAAUGCAUCAUUGUGGUGUUGACUCGGUCUUCUGUAGCAAGAGAAUCAUAUGAUAUAUGGUCAUUGAUUCAUGAAAAGGAGAUCACUUUGAGAACAGGAACUCGAAGAAGAGAAAACCCCUAUAAGGAAAGCAUAUAAGAAGUGCUUUCAGAAUCUGAAUUAUGCAGAACAACUGAGGGUCUUGUGCCUGCAUGCAGUACGAACAUAACAGGUAAGGAAACAGGAUAAAGUAUCCAAACAAUUUCAGAUUUGCUGAAUCAAGAACAUAAAGCCUAAAGGUUAUUGGCUCAACAGAUUCUCAAAACACAGUUGAGGCUCUUUUAAGACUAAUUAGGGAAAAUGACUACGUGUCUGUGACUUUGUGGUGUUCUGACUCCAAGAAUCCCAGUCAAUGGCCUGUCAAGAAGUAUAGUGGUAUUUGAAGAUUCUAUGGGCCAAUUCGAUUCAGGACUUUUGAAUGACCACUGAGGAAUUCUACCAGAGUCUGUGCAGUGAUUGUUGUUGAUUGAGCCUACCCAAAUGUACGUCUACAAUUAAGUCUCUCUGAUUGAUUUUUAUUUUUUUAUUUUUUAGAAUUUUGUCUGACAAUCAAAUGUUACGCAAAUUGGAUAUCCUUGUGAUGGGAUAUGGUGCGAGUUUAAUCCUCUACACUUAUAUUGUGAGUUGUAUUAUAAAGAAUCCGAACUCAAUAUGCUUUAUCUUGCAGCAGCGGGCUUCAUAUGCUUAUGCAACCAUCCUGCAUCAAAGGGGUGGGGCACACUAUUUAUCAUGAAAUCUGUAAAAUAUUGUUCAUUCAUUUAAAUACUAAAAACAAAAUUUAUUAGUUUUUAUAAAAUAAAAUAAAGAAAGAAAAAAAAAAAAAAAAAAAAAAAAA